UGUCAAGCAGCAGAGUCUCAACACAGGCUCAGUCAAUAGACAGAUCUCCUCAACAGGCUAUCAUCCACAACAAGCUUAAGUGCAGUUUUUUAGAGUGUGGUAGACAACAACUUAUCCCAAAAUGCUGCACCUUUUUCUGAUUCUUUCUGCUGUUUGUACAAUUGGCAAGACCUUGCCUUUAAUUGAUCUUUACUCCUACUCACUGGCUGUUGGAGGUGGCAGUGGGAUUGAAUUUUCAACUGCACAUGAAGGUCAUAUCACUGGUAUCAGGGUUUGGGAAUACUCUAACAACUAUAUCACUGGGCUCCAGCUGAGAUACGACAGUAACUGGACGACAGUGGUUGGUAGAAAUGAUUAUGGCACUCCACUGGAGAUGGUACUCUAUGACAGAGAAUCCAUUGUUCAGAUCUCUGGAAAGCACAAUGGUUAUGUCUACGAGCUUGUGUUUGUCACUAAUCAGGGGCGCUUCUUUAAAGUGGGGCAGCCUUCUGGUACCUCAUUUAACUUCUACCCAACCCACAGAGGAAGUGAAGUGCGUUUUCUCAGUGGUCGACAGGAUGGCAAUGGUAUCACCUCCAUUGGGGCUCACUGGGCCAUACAUAACUAUGACACACCUGUGUCCACACCUGUGAAACUUAUUGGCUAAUAGUUCUUCUUUAAAUUAAUCAGUUAAUCUAAUAUAUAGAAAAGAUUAUUUAUUUCAAUUUGAUGAUUUUGAUUAUGAAUGUUUAUAGUAGUCUGUGCUAGGUUUAGGAGGUAUUGUUAUAUGAUCUCAGUCAGUUUGUUUUAUUCAAGAAAUUCCAUAAAUAAAGAUAAUGAUAAAUCUCAAAGAUAAUGUUAUACGUAAUAGGGGGGUAGUAAGAUUUUCUCCCCAUAUACAGUAUAUAGUACAUGAAAUUACUUAUUGGAAGGAUGAAGUUAGCUACAGAGACAUGCAAAAUGAGUCAGUCAGAUAUCAAGGAUCAAUGUUUCACAAUGUGAGUAAAAGUUUGUUAUGAAGAAUGGAAUGUCCCUGUUAUGGCCUCUUGUUUUUCAAUUAUGGUGAUGAUUUUAUUUUUAUUUAUUUUUUUUCAUUUUUCUUUCUUGCUUUGAGAAUGUUUUCGUAAAAUUUGUAUCUAUUUUUUCCCAUCAAAAUAUCUACUGUGGGACUUGUAAUACAAUUAAAUGCAAAAUGUUGGAACAUAACAUAUUUAUUUUUCCCUGCCAUGUGACAGAACUGUCAUGAAGAAAAACUCUCAUAACAACCUCUUUGUUCAUUAUAAAGUGUAAAAAGACAUUUGGCAUUGUUACAUACAGUACAAUAUGCCACCAACAUCAAAUACAUCAAACAAAAAAUACUUUUUUAGUCACAAACAUUUUUAAACUAUUUUGGAACUGAUUUCCCUGGAUAAUAUAAGUGACAUCGAAAAAUCGUAUAGUAUUUUUGUUGCAAUAAAUAUUUUUGUUGUUGCGAGUGUC